CUCUUAAACAUUGUGCACCUUCUUAUGAAAAGCUAAAUACAAGAUUUGGCACAUUGUAAUUGAUUUGAUAACUAGCACAUUGACCAAUUAAGCACAGGAUUAAGACAUCUUCACAGCAAGAAAGAAUGGACCAGCCAGGAAGAGGUGCAAAGAGUUGGACAACAGAAGCAAGCGAAUGGAAGAGGAAAAUGUGAUCGAUUGUUCAAUGCAGUACAAAAAGAAUGCUUUAUUACACAUGUCGCAGAAGAUGCAAGACUGCCUUUAGCACUGAACAAGACAGAAGAAAUAAACAUUUAUCAAUUUCAUUAUCUGAAAGUAUGGGAACUACCAAUUUGUCAAUGAGUGACUGGCAAUCAGAAAAUGGAAGUAAACUGCUAAAGGCAAAAAUGGAGAUGGAUAUAUCGGCCGACCAAAAUUGUACUAUACAAGACAACUUCCUAAUGAUUCUUUUACCUAUAGCAUACUCUCUCAUAUUUUUAACAGGGCUGAUUAGCAACAUUUCAGCAUUAUGCAUAUUUUUCUUUAUUCAAAACAAGAAAAAUUCCAUCCACAUCUAUUUGAUCAAUAUGGCAAUUGCAGACCUCUUCUCAAUUUCUUCCUUGCCUUUCAGAAUAGCUUAUCAUGCAAAUCAUAACCAAUGGAUGUUAGGGACAUUGCUCUGUAAUAUCAUAGGCAAUGUAUUUUACAUGACAAUGUACAUUAGCAUUAUACUUUUGGGACUCAUCAGUGUGGAUCGGUACUUAAAAAUAACAAGGCCUUUGCGGCACUAUAAAAUACGGAAUGCCACCCAAAGUGCAACGAUAUGUGCUGCCAUCUGGUUUGUUUCCAUUGUGAUUGCAAUACCAAUGCUUUUGAAGACUAAAGGCGAUAACAAUUCCAAUAACAAUUUGAAAUGCUUUCAUUAUCGAGAGAGAGACCAAUUCAAAACCUACAUUAAUAUUUUCAUUGUGAUAAUGUUUUGGGUUGUAUUUUUUUGCCUCACUCUUUCAUAUGGAAAGAUAGCCAAAAAGCUUUUCACACUGAGUAGAGAAAAACCUGGUUUUUCUAACAACAAAGUUCACAGCAAAAUUGCAACAAAAACGUUCGUUGUUCUUUUCAUUUUUACCGUAUGUUUCGUCCCAUAUCAUAUCUCGCGAUUUUUCUACAUUGCAUCUCAACUCCGCAAAACAAGCUGUUACUGGAAAAAUGUCGUGAAUAAAACGAAUGAGAUAUCACUUUUACUUUCUGCUUUCAACAGUUGUCUGGACCCAAUUAUGUACUUUCUGCUCUCUAAGACUGUUAGAAAAACAGUGCAGAAUUUAGUGAGUGAAAAAUUUCAGAAAGACACAAGAAGUGAGAGCACUUAAAAGCUGCACUAUCUCCAGUCCUAGAUGUUUAUGGGUCUGUCUCAAACAAUUUGAAGCCUGCAGUUAUAUUUCUACUUCAGAACAAAAAUCAAUGGACAACAAAGACUUCAGAUUUGUUUACAUGUAUUAAUAGCCUGAACCAAUCUGUACAUUGUGGAUGUAGUAUAUUGGAAUGCUAAUGAGUAAAGAACUAAAUAUGAUUUGAAAGUUGGAUUCUUUCAAACACAUUCUUUCUGUGCAACCAUAUACAGUCAAAAUCCAUAUCCCAGCAGGCAAACACAAUGAUCUGUUAUCUGUUCUUUGAAAACUCAAGUACACGCUUCUAAUUUUGUUAGGAUAUGGCAAAGUCUCUAAGCCAUAGCAAGAGGAACCUGAUUCUAAUAAAUUACCUUAACCAGGUUUAUAUAUGAAAGUAUUCUGAUUAAGGUAGUGAGAGACCAUAUACUAAUAGCUAACAUAGAAGAUAAUUCCUGUCAUGCAGUACCUCUGGGGCUGAAGCUCUGAGUUCAAGUCCACAGGUACCUCUCAGCAUCCCAACAAGUCGACGUUUUUUUUAAAAUCGUCAAUGCACGCAUUUCAUGC